CUGCGUGCGGCAAACGGUCCGCAGCCAUGGCGUCCUGGGCCUGUACCGUGGCCUCAGCUCCCUGCUCUAUGGCUCCAUCCCCAAGGCGGCUGUCAGGUUUGGAAUGUUUGAGUUUCUCAGCAACCACAUGCGAGAUGCCCAGGGACGGCUGGAUAGCACUCGAGGGCUGCUGUGCGGCCUGGGCGCAGGUGUUGCUGAGGCUGUGGUGGUCGUGUGCCCCAUGGAGACCAUCAAGGUGAAGUUCAUCCACGACCAGACCUCCCCCAACCCCAAGUACAGAGGAUUCUUCCACGGGGUUAGGGAGAUUGUACGGGAGCAAGGGCUAAAGGGGACAUACCAGGGCCUCACGGCCACCGUGCUAAAGCAGGGUUCAAACCAAGCCAUCCGCUUCUUCGUCAUGACCUCCCUGCGCAACUGGUACCGAGGGGACAACCCCAACAAGCCCAUGAAUCCGCUGAUCACCGGGGUCUUUGGAGCUACUGCGGGUGCAGCCAGUGUCUUUGGGAACACACCUCUGGACGUGAUCAAGACCCGGAUGCAGGGCCUAGAGGCACACAAAUACCGGAACACAUGGGACUGUGGCUUGCAGAUCCUGAGGAAUGAGGGGCUCCGGGCAUUCUACAAAGGCACUGUCCCCCGCCUGGGCCGGGUCUGUCUGGAUGUGGCCAUCGUGUUUGUCAUCUACGAUGAGGUGGUGAAGCUGCUCAACAAAGUGUGGAAGACGGACUAAGCCCAGAGGGUGGCAUGGGGCUGCUCUAAACCAGCUCCCGCCACCGCACCUCACAUAAUUCCAGUGCAGUCGUGCCAAAAGGCCCCUUCCUGUCCCUCGUUCUGUGGCCAUGGUAGCCAUCGUGUCCCAUAGUGCUGUCUCUCCCUGAGUGUGGUCUGUUUGUGAUACUGCCAUUGUGUCUGUCUGUCCAGCCUGACCACAGUUGGGUAUUGCUCCGGCCUGUGAAUCUGUGCCCACUAAUCCAUGUGCUUGCUCGUGAGGAGUGUACCUGUGUUUCACGUUGUUAUAUAUCCCUGCACCUGCUUCCCAGGGUGCCUGUGUGGCCUGGGUCCACAGCCCUGUAGCCAUGGCCCGGUCCCAGUCCAGUGCCUUCCACCCUGGGUAGCAGGGUCACCCUUCCCUGGCCUACCACAGCUGCCUCUAGGUCUCAGCCUGGACUCAACCGCAUUCCAGGGGCUGUGUGCCCCCUGCUUCUCCCGCCAUUGGCCUUAACUGGCCCUCGGGCCCUCCCUCCGCCCGGGUCAGGGUGGCACCGCCACUCUCAGGACCACCCUGCCAAGGCAGAAUAAACCGGAUCCUGUUGCA